CUUUCAUUUUUAUUCAACUCACAGCUUGAGUUCGAAAUACUGAACUCACAGUCUUGACUUCCCCCCCAUCUCUUCCAUUUUUCCUCUCGACAGAAAACAUCUUUUCCCGCCAAAUUCCCAUACUACUCUUCAGAAAUCCCCAAAUCUACCGUAUAUCCCCGGAAAAGCCUUGCAGUUAGCUGGAAAAUUCUGUCAUUUUCCCGAGUAUCUCCGCCUUCCGCGUAUCUGAAAACCCUAAUUUUGCAAAAUUUGGCUCCAGCUUACCUUAUACACAGCGAGAAGGUCCGGAGAAACCCUAAAUCAUGCCGUCUCUAAUCGGGCCUUCGGGCAAAAUCAUGCGAUUAGAAAUGGAGAAUUUCAAGUCGUAUAAGGGGCUGCAGACAAUCGGGCCGUUCUCUGACUUCACGGCGAUAAUCGGACCUAACGGGGCGGGUAAGUCGAACCUGAUGGACGCCAUAAGUUUCGUACUCGGAGUGCGAACGGGGCAGCUCCGUGGGGCGCAGCUGAAGGACCUCAUCUACGCCUAUGACGACCGCGAGAAGGAGCAAAAGGGCCGCAGGGCCUUCGUGCGACUCGUCUAUCAAUUGGGAAACGGGUCGGAGCUCCAUUUUACCCGCACUAUCACUAGCUCUGGCGCGAGUGAAUACCGGCUUGAUGGCAAGGUUGUCAACUGGGACGAGUACAAUGGCAGGCUCCGCUCUCUUGGCAUCCUCGUUAAGGCUCGCAAUUUCCUUGUCUUUCAGGUCAUUCCCUUUUCUAACAUUGUGGUUUAUGCAGUUUUUGCUACAUUCUUUUUUCGGUUUCUGUCUCGGAUUGUAUGGUAUACUCAAUGCUGUAUUACUUUUGUUACCUUUAGAAACAUCUUAUCUCGGGAACUAACUUUAAGGAGUUUAACAUGUAAACAUGUUAAAAUGCAAGUACAGUUGCUUGUUUACCAAGUUGUUAGAUUUAUCUUUGGAGCGUUUGCUAUGUGUGCGGCUGCUAGGAAGCACUGUUACUUUCUCAACAUGGAUAUUCCUCUAUGGGAAAAUGACCAAAAAAUCAUUUACUUUAUUUUUCAAGCUAUAAAUGGGUGGUUAUAA